GAAGACGUCAGUGGAACUCUGAAAAACUGUCAGAGUGAGACCUCUUUCCCAACAACCUCUAACCUCAGGSUUAUUUGUCUUUUUCUCGCCAUGUUCGCCGUCAGAAAUGCUCUCCGUCUCGGCUCCAGGUUGUCCGUCCCCGCCGUGGCGAGGAGGGGAUGUGCCGGAGCUGCAAUCCCGGUGGACGACGUGGUGAACGGACUGACAGAGGAGCAGAUACAGCUGAGGCAGACGGUCCGUAAAUUCUGUGUGGAAAAACUUGGACCACACGCCGAUGAGAUUGACAAGAAGAAUGAGUUUCCAGGACUGCGGGAUUAUUGGAAAGCGAUGGGGGAGAUGGGACUGCUCGGCAUCACUGCACCAGUGGAGGACGGGGGCACCGGGUUGGGCUACAUGGAGCACGUCAUCGUGAUGGAGGAAAUGUCCCGGGUGUCGGCAGCCAUCGCUCUCAGCUACGGCGCCCACUCGAACCUCUGCGUCAACCAGCUGGUGCGUCACGCCAACRCUAAACAGAAGGAGAAGUACAUGCCGAAGUUGCUGACAGGAGAGCACAUCGGCGCCCUGGCCAUGAGUGAACCUAACGCUGGUUCUGAUGUCGUCUCCAUGAAACUCAAAGCUACAAAGAAAGGGGACUACUAUGUUCUAAAUGGCAACAAAUUUUGGAUCACAAAUGGUCCGGAUGCAGAUGUUCUGAUUGUGUACGCAAAGACGGAUCCUGGGGCGCAUCAGAAAGGGAUCACAGCGUUUAUUGUUGAAAAGGGUAUGCCAGGAUUCUCCACAGCUCAGAAACUGGAUAAACUGGGCAUGAGGGGCUCCAGCACCUCUGAGCUGAUCUUUGAAGACUGCAAAGUUCCAGAGAAGAAUGUUUUGGGUUCACUGAACAAAGGCGUGUACGUGAUGAUGAGUGGACUGGACCUGGAGAGGCUUGUGCUCGCUGCAGGACCUGUAGGCAUCAUGCAGGCAGUUUUAGAUGCUGCUGUUCCUUACCUGCAUGUGAGAGAAGCGUUUGGACAGAAGAUUGGACACUUUCAGCUGAUGCAGGGGAAGAUGGCCGACAUGUACACCAGGCUGAGCUCCUGCCGGCAGUACCUUUACAACGUUGCUCGGGCUUGUGACAGAGGACACUCCAGCUCAAAGGACUGUGCUGGAGUGAUCCUGUAUUGUGCUGAGAACGCCACUCAGGUUGCUCUGGAUGGGAUUCAGUGUUUGGGUGGGAACGGGUACAUUAACGACUAUCCGAUGGGGCGGUUCCUGCGAGACGCAAAGCUCUACGAGAUCGGCGCGGGCACAAGCGAAGUCCGCAGGAUCAUCAUCGGGCGAGCCUUCAACUCAAUGUUCAAAUAGAUAAAACCGACAGAUAAAAGUGAGGGUUUGUUGUGAAUGAACAGAUACUGUCACCCAGGACCUUACUGUCUGAGCUGUCGCUGCCAUCAAUAUCACCAUUUUAAUCCUUUAUAAUCUACAAUGAAUCGAGAAUCAACAGUGAUGUUACAGCCCGAAUGGCAGCAGCCAAAGCAAAUUAAAAAUGUUUUUGUUUUUAGCUUAGCUGUAGUUUCAUUUUCAGUCACUUAAAAGGUUAUUUAAAAUGAAUUAGCCUGAUCUAGGUGGAUGUUAAAACACUCCUCACAGCCUUACAACCUCUCCGGCUUAAACAGGAAAUUAAAUGAGACAGUUUUUUUUUUUUCUUGAAGCUUUAGUCUGAGCACAUGAAGCCUCAGAGUUGCUUUAGUUUCCAUUAUUUUAUGUGCAAAACAAACAAAAAUCUAAAUUUCCAGUCUAAUCUCCCCCUGUGAAUAAACUGUUUCAACAUAAAAUAACUAUUUCAUAUCUGAGUGAACUCUUUAUGAAUGUUAUUGCAAACUGAGAUGAUUCAUAAGAAAAGUUGGUCAAUGUAAUAUUAGAAUAUUUUUGUUUACUGUACAAAGAAUAAACAACUAUUGUCAAAGCUAGUUCAUUGAAAUCGUGCACGUUUUCUCUUCUGUAAAGAACUUUGAUUCCACAUUUGUUUUUAUGUACUUUAUGUAUGAAACAUAUAAUGUUUGGAAUAUAUUAAUUACAUUU